AUGAACAUUCUUUUCCAUGGUAUUGAUGAUGAUAUGUUUGAUAGUGUUAUCAACUGUCCUACUGAAAAAGAAGUAUGGGACACUAUUCAAACUCUAUGUGAAGGCACUGAUCAAGUUAGGGAAAACAAAAUGCAAAUGUUUGUUCAACAGUACGAGAGCUUUCAUUCUAAGUCUGGUGAAUCUCUACAUGAUUUAUUUAACAGAUUUCAAAAACUGUUAAAUGGAUUAAAGUUGUAUGGCAAAAUCUAUAUGGUCAAGGAUUCAAGUCUCAAAUUCUUGAGAGCUUUGCCUAGAGAUUGGAAACCUAUGACUGUUGCUUUAAGACAGGCUCAGAAUUUUAAUGAAUACUCUCUUGAAAAACUAUAUGGUAUUCUUAAAACUUAUGAGCUUGAAAAACAGCAAGAUGAAGAACUGGAAAAGAACUCCAAGAGGGAGAAAAUUGUGGCUCUUGUAGCAGAAAAGGAAGAGGAAGAGGAGAAGGCAUUGAAAUCUGUGAUUGCUGGAAAGGCCUCAAGCAACUCUGCUUGUGAAGGAAAGAAGGAAGAUGGAAAGAAGAAAGGAAAAAUCAUUGAAGAAGAUGAAGAAUCUUCAGCUCAAGAUGAGCUAGAUGACCUUGAUGAGCAUCUAGCAUUCCUUGCCAGAAAAUUCUCCAAGCUCAAAUUCAAAAGAAAUGCUGUCAGCUCUAGACCAUUCAACAGAGGAAAUCAAUUCAAACCAUCUGGUAUGGUUGAUAGAUCAAAAUUCAAGUGCUUCAACUAUGGUCUGCCUGGACACUUUUCUAAUGAGUGCAGAAGACCUUCUGCUGAAAAGAAAGGAUCCUCCUUAGAAAAUGUAGAUUACAGAAGAAAGUAUUUUGAUCUACUCAAGCAAAGCAAGGAAAAGGCAUUCAUAACUGAGGAUGGUGACUGGGCUGCUGAUGAAGGUGAUUCUGACAAUGAGGAGCAUGUCAAUCUUGCCUUGAUGGCAAUUGGAGAUGAUGCUGAUUCUUCCACCACCAGCAAUGGACAGGUAAAAACCACCAACACAUCUGAUCUCACUAAGUCUGAAUGCAAACAAAUCAUUGAUGAAAUGUCUAAUGAAAUCUAUAAUCUUAGAGUCUCUCUUAAAUCUCUAAAAAAAGAGAAUGUUAGAAUUAAAGGGACUAAUGAUUUGCUUGCUGAAAGAAAUGGAAAGCUCGAAACUGAAUUGAUCCAAAUGGAUAAAAUCAAAAAGUCUUCUGAGCUCGCCAAAGAUGAGUUGCUGGCCGUUCUGAAAAGAGAAGAAAUUCUCAAGAAGCAAUUGAAAAGGGAACAAGAGAUAAUUUCUAAAUGGAAAGACUCUAGGAAUGUUCUUGAGACAUAUACUCCAUCAACGGAUGAAAGCUAUCCAUUAAAGAUUCAAACAGCAGUUGAUGACAACAAACUCAAGAAGUUGGACAAGAAAUAUGGGCCCAUCAAUAAGAACUUUGUGAAGGAAUCUGGUAGUUCCAAGAAAAUUAAAAGAGAAGGGAUUGGUCAUAGUGAAGAAAGAAUGGAAGCAGGAAAAGGAAAGAAGAAGAGCUAUAGGAAUGGCAAAGUUGGGAUCAACAAAAAGAAUUGUUAG